CUCCAUCCCUGCGCUGAGCAAGACGCGCACAAGACCGGCGAAGCCGUCAUCGCAAGAUCACUACAGCUUCCGUCCCGCGCGCAGUGAGCUCGUCGCCUCCCCUCAGCCAGCGUCUCACGCCUUUUUCCAGCCCCCACUAGAAGAAGCCAUGGCAGCAGCUUUCGUCGGCAAGUGGAAGCUCUCGGAAAGCGAGAACUUCGACGAGUUCCUCAAGGCGCUCGGUGUCGGUCUCGCGUGGCGCAAGCUUGGCCAGACGUCCAAGCCCACGGUUGAGAUCAAGGUCGAGGGCGACGACUGGUCCAUCAAGACUCACACCAUCCUCAAGACGAGCGAGCUCAAGUUCACGCUCGGCAAGGAGUUCGACGAGGACCGCAUGGACGGCAGCAAGGUCAAGUCUAAGGUGACGCUUGAGGACGGCAAGCUUGUUCAGAAGCAGUCCGGUGACAAGGAGGUGACCAUUGUCCGGGAGGUCAAGGACAACCAGCUCCACGUGGUCUGCUCCAUCGACGACGUCGUCUCCACCCGCAAGUACCUGAAGGAGUGAGCUCUGAUCUCCUUUUAAACUUAGGGCCGCUGGCCCGCGCCCCGGGUUCGAGGCUGUGGACGAGGAGGUUUCUUGGCUCACUCUGUUUGUACCACGGUGGACCUGACUCUUCGUUCGCCCUCUCCCGGUUGUGUGUGUGGGGUCUGUCGCGGCGUCAAGCUUCCACCGGGGACGACGAUGGUUCCAGCUGGGGCCCAUCCAACAACGAAGUCUUGUCUGUCUUCGAGCUUUGGUGAACCCCGCGGGGCUGCCCGCGUCUCGCCACCAGUUCCAAGUUUUUGUUUUUUUUUUUGUUUCUGCUGCCCAAAGACAAUCCACGUCAACCCACCUCGACUAUCGUUUUUUUUUUUUUUUCUCGUCUUGUGUUUUCCUCCUCCCCGUGUAAAAGCUGAGUUAAAAAGUUUCGUGUUUGUGCAGUUGUACAUUCGCGUAUGAAAGGGCCAAAAUAAUUUUAAAAGUUUACUGUCAUUCUUCUUUCGAGAAAUUUGCUGUACCGUUUUCGUUUCGCCACUCGCGACGGUCCACAGAGUGGAUCCGCGUUCGUGUUACUGUUCAUUCCUUUGUCCCUCUUUGUACCCGAAGAGAUUUGCCUGUGUCGAGUACGUUUUUUUUUUCUUGAACAGAUCAAAUAAAUGGCUUUUUUUGAUA